CCCGGCCGCCAGAAAGUCCGAGCUGUAGUUAGUCGCAGCAUCAUCGCAAACAGCCCUCUGUCAAGAAACCCGUCGUCGCCACUUCACACCGUCAAUAUCCCCACCCUGCAGUUCCCCCCACGCGAACGAUUCGAGAGAAGACUGGAGGAGAAUCCCCUUGCAAUACAGGAUGGCAGAAGUCGAGGUCAGGCCAGACACGGCUAUCGAGGUUCCCGGCGAGGCGCAAGAGCUCGCGCUCGCAACCACGAGCCAGGAGGUUGCGCCCCCAACAGAGAAAAAGGUCAAGAAGAUCAUUCGGCGGAAAAAGCGCCCGGCGCGUCCGCAGAUCGAUCCAGCCCUCGUCAAGUCGGAACCACCGCCGCAGACUGGCACAGUAUUCAACAUCUGGUACAACAAGUGGGCGGGCGGAGACCGCGAGGACAAAUACCUGUCGCAGACGCACGCCAAGGGAAGAUGCAAUGUCGCUCUGGACUCGGGGUACACGCGCGCCGACUCCAGGCCCGGGUCAUAUUUCUGCUUGUUUUUUGCCAGGGGGAUAUGCCCCAAAGGCCAGGACUGCGAGUAUCUACACCGCUUGCCGGGCAUUCACGACAUCUUCAACCCCAAUGUCGACUGCUUCGGGCGCGACAAGUUUAGCGACUACCGCGACGAUAUGGGCGGUGUCGGUAGUUUCACCCGCCAGAACCGCACGAUCUACAUCGGCAGAAUCCAUGUGACGGACGAUAUCGAAGAGAUAGUGGCGCGGCACUUCGCCGAGUGGGGGCAGAUCGAGCGCAUUCGCGUGCUCAAUAACCGGGGUGUCGCCUUUGUGACGUACACGAACGAGGCGAAUGCGCAGUUUGCGAAGGAGGCGAUGGCUCAUCAAUCUCUUGACCAUAACGAGAUCCUGAACGUUCGCUGGGCGACGGCCGAUCCGAACCCGAUGGCGCAGAAACGGGAGGCGAGACGAAUCGAGGAGCAGGCUGCCGAGGCCAUCCGGAAGGCAUUGCCGGCCGAGUUUGUUGCCGAGAUUGAGGGCAAGGACCCCGAGGCUCGGAAACGGCGCAAGCUGGAAAGCAGUUACGGCCUCGAGGGGUACGAGGCACCCGAUGCGGUGCACUUUGCGCGGGGGCCAAACGCGGUUAACCCUAGAGGCCGAGAGGGUUAUGCGCUUGAGCACGAGCAGCGGCUGAUGAUUGAAGCUGGGGAAGCUCAGACGGCGGAGGCGCCUGCCCAGGAGCAGGACCAGCCCCAGGCAGGGGGGAUCCUCUCGAGCAGCACCCUGGCCGCUCUGCAGACAGCCCAGGUGGCUGUCGCCUCAAAACCAAAGGCGACGCCCCCAUCUGGGCCAUUAGUAGCGUAUGACAGCGACGACAGCGAUUAGAAGGAGGGAACGUCGUCCUGGGCCGGCCCCAAGUGGUAAAGCCCGGGUUCUGUAUGUACAUAUCCAUGACCGGCACGUUCUGCCCCGCCUCCUCCACCGGCGUCUCCCACUCCCUCUCGAUCACGGCGGUAAUCAGCCCCUGCACCGUCCCGCUCGCCAGCGUCUUCUGCGCCUGGUACGGCCCGAACACGCCGGCCCGCACCGCCGCCGACACCAGCGCCUUGACGUGUCCCAGCAUGAACACGUACGCGGUCUGCUCCAGGCUCAGCCCGACCAGCGCGCACACGGCGCCGAACAGCGGCGCCAGAUGUGCCGC